AUAAUAGUAUGCAUCCACCGAAAAGAGAGAGGUCUCUCAAUCUGAGCGGGGACUAUAUAAGCACUUGAUGCUCAUUUUGGCGCCUAUUAUACUCUCGCCUCCCUCCAAUCUCUCUUUUUCAAACCACUUUUCUUUCUCUUCGAUAAUCCGUCUCUCCCAUGGCCGCCCAUCAGGAUAUGGACACGUCAAACCCAGCUGUUUUUGUCAAUGCCGAGCUUCUGCGCCUGUAUGUUGGAAGAAAGGUUCGGGCACUGGUUCAGGUUAUCCGAUCUGAGAAUGGAGCUGUGAUUGGAAAAUCAACAGAUGAUAAUCAGAUUGUUGUAAAGGGCUCUCCACCGGGCUCCCUCACAAGCUUUAUUGAGGUCAUUGGUAUUGCUGAUGGUGAUAAAUCCAUUCGUGCUGAAAUUUGGACCAACUUUGGUGAUGCAAUUGACGCACAAAAUUACAAUCAGCUUUGUCAGCUUGCAAAUGGGGAAUUCAAACACUUGUUCAUCUGAAGAUCGUCAAGUUCAGAUGGUGAUCAAACUUGAAAGUGCUUCCUACCUUGUGGGAUUGAAGAAGAGAAGGUGAAUGGGGUCAAGUCUUGUAGUUUUAAGAAGUAGCCUUUACUUUUCGAUGUCCGUCUUUCAGAUGAACUAUUAGUAAGUCGAGGGAGAUGUUAGAUUUUUGUUUGCCCAUUGUAUAACUCAUGGUGAUUUCAAAUAUAUAUAACACUAGUUUCUACA